AUUGCGGAAAACCGGAGGCGAACGGGAGAGAAAACGAGAGGAAAAAAAAAUUAGUAAAACCCAUUCCGAAAUAGACCGCGUUUUCGGUCGUGCGGGCGACGAGAAUAUGGGCGAAAAAUGCGCGGAAUGCGGCGCUCCCUCCGAAUUGAAGUGCUCCGCCUGCAAAUUGGCAUCCUACUGCAGCAAGGAGCACCAGAAGCAACAUUGGAAGAACCACAAAACCGCCUGCAGACCCUUCGAGAUUCAAGUAGAUCCUCUCAUUGGUAAAUGCCUGGUAGCGACUAGAGACAUCAAACCAGGCGAUGUUAUUUUAAGUGAACUGCCGAUCGUAUACGGUCCGAGGCCACACAUGGUAGAAGAAGGUCCAGUACCGUGCCCGGGAUGUUGCAAGUUGAUAAUAGGUGAGAAAUCGGCGCGAUGCGAGGGCUGCGAUUUUCCCGUCUGCCACCCGGAUUGCCCCGGAUUAAAAGACAUGGAUCGGCACGGGCACGAGUGCAUGAUUCUAGGCCUGCGAGACGUCAGGGCCAUCAACGGGCUGCACGAAUUCUACCGACAAGACGCCCUGCUCACCCUACGCUGUCUUCUCCUGCAACAUCGCCACCCCAAGAAGUUCGCCCAAUUGCUCGACAUGGAGCCCCACUUGGAACGAAGAGGACCGAACACCGAUGUAUACAGAACCAUCGAAGAACGCAUCGCGGAUUACCUGCACAGCAACUUCUUCCAUCCGAUGACCAUUCUCGAAGGCAGAUCGGGGAAGAAGGUUUUGGAAGACAUCUCGCGCGAAACCAUCCACAAGAUCUGCGGCGUAAUCGACGUCAACGCUUUGGAAAUCAACCAACAAGCCGAAAUAACAGCUCUAUACCCCACCGCCUAUCUCCUGGAGCACAACUGCCUACCCAACACCACUCACAUAUUCGACAACGACGGCUACAAAAUCACCGUGAAGGCUUGCCUGCCCAUCGAAGCGGGCGAGCACAUCACCACCAUGUACACGCACUGCCUGUGGGGCACCCAGGCCCGACGGGAGCACCUCAAAGAGACCAAGUACUUCAGCUGCGAGUGCCGCAGGUGCAGGGAUCCCACCGAGCUGGGGUCCUAUUUGAGCGCGCUGAAGUGCCUGGGCUCCGAGCAGGAGCCCUGCGACGGGCUGCAGCUGCCCGUGGAGCCUUUAAAAGACGACACCGAGUGGCGCUGCGACCGGUGCGACGUGAGGCUCACCAACGAGGAGGUGUGCUUCCUGGUGAACGGCAUCGGAGAAGAGGUGGACGGCGUGCAAUUGGGUAAUCCCACCGUUAGAGAAUUGGAGGGCUUGUUGGGCAAGAUGCUGACGUUCCUGCAUCCUAAUCACUAUCACGUGUAUUCGGUGAAGCAUUCUUUGAUACAAUUGUAUGGGUACCAGCAAGGGUACACGCCUAAUCAGAUUACUGAUGAUUGUUUGGCGAGGAAGGCUGCGAUGUGCAGGGAGCUUUUGGAUAUUACUAGGAAGAUCGAUCCAGGAAAUGCUAGGUUGUGUUUGUACCACGCCGUGCUCCUGCACGAGCUAUUUUCGGCGAAUUGGAUAAUAAUCAAGAGAAAAUGGGAUUUGGGCAUCAAGGCGAAGGUGAAGUCCGUUGUAUCGAUGAUGUUGGAAAAUCAAAAUUGCCUCGAUCAAUUGGAAACCGUCCUGCAAAACGAGAGAAACACCCCAGCAGGUGAUAAAUUGAUCAAUCUAGCGGCAGGUUCCCGAAAAGACUUUACCAAAUUCAUCGAACGCAAUAAAAUAGACUUGUCGUGUAAGGAGAAAAUCGAAAACGACAACAAAGAAUAAAAAUAUAUAUAUUUCGCAAAUUAAAUUAAAAAUAAGUCCACUUAGUAUUUCUGCAUACCCUCACAAUGGCCCUUCUCCACCUGCACCCUCGCUUUGACAGUCCCACAAGCCGGCUGUAUUUGAUCGGCGUCCUUCGCGAAAUCCUCGAACUCGUCGUUCGAACAGCAACAGCAGCAAAUCUUCCACCAGAACUCCUUGAUCAUCUUCAGAGCCGUCACGGUCUGGUUCAGGAACGUGUACAGCAACGGAUUGAGCACGCAAUUGAACAGGUUCAACGCCACCAGCGUGAAAUUCAAGUCCCAGCCGAACCUGCCGUCGCACUUCACCAGGAACUUCACCGUCGUGUAGCACCAGUAGGGGAACCGGCACAGCACGAACGACGCCAUCAGCACCAGCACCACUCGGAACGUGCGGAUCUUCCGCUGCACCUGCAGGUUCUUCGUCUUCUUCGGCUUGGAGCUGGAGACAGCGGGCACGCCGGCGGAGGCGACGUUGGUGGUUUUGGUCGAGCAGGUGGAGUUCUCCGAGUCCUUGUCCGGUUUGUUGAACUUCGCGGUGAUCGGUUUGCGGUGCUUCCAGAUCAGAGCGGCUAUCUGCACGUAGAACCAGACGAAAACGCAGGUCAUCGGGACGAAGACGAUCGCGUCUAGCGUCACAUAGUAGCUGCUGAUUAA